AGUGUGUUUUAUGACUAGCGGGCAUUGCGCAGACGCAGUGUGAGGUCUGCACAUUUGAUCAUAUAGAUCAGGGCAGAAGCAGGGCGUUUCUAAAUAAAUACGCUGUUAGAGAGCAGAGGAGGGAGUAAAGCCCACACUAAGCAUGGAAGGAAAGCCAAGUUGAAUAUUGAAUGUCUAAAUAACUGCAUUUUUAAGGAAACGUCCUGAAAAAGAUUGUAUCUGCUGUUGGGACCAGGACGCACCCCUCUCCUGUUGACAUCUCCUCAGAAAAGUGAUUGGUUCUCACUGGACGAUCUGCCUUCGCCAUCUCUCUCCAUUAAGCUUCUACAUUUGGAGCCUCUACACUUGUGAUUGUUAUUGCAUUUUAAGCACCCAGCUACAGCAUAACCACACGUACCGCAACGAAGCAGCAGCCUGGUCAAUAUUUCAUAGCUUCCUAAUGGCCACUAAUGUUUCAUUCUGAUUUAUGAUCAAGCCUUGAAGCCAUUAGCACACCAUAUCAAAUUUACAUAAGCACUGUCGGGGGGCUUUACAUUAAAACUGAAGCUACACAGUUGCCACAUUAAUCAUUGAGACAUCCUAACAUCGUAUUGUAGUUUCACACCUACAAACAUCCGACAGAGAGUGACAGCCGACCCUCCAGUUCCUCUCAAAAGCUCAGGAUGGAGGAGCCCAUUGUCGCUACGGGUAUGGCCGCCAAGCUGAGGAGCCAGUGGGACCGUGAUGAAGGUCUGGGACAGAAUCACAAGGCUGUGAAGUUUUUGGGUCAGGACUACGAGAAUCUGAAGGCCCAGUGUCUCCAGGGCAGGAGGCUGUUUGAGGAUAAUUUGUUCGCUUGUGCCACAUCGUCUCUGGGAUUCGACGAGCUCGGCCCCAGAUCCGCCAAGACCUCCGGCGUCCGCUGGAUGAGGCCCACGGAGUUCUGCAAGCGCCCCGAGUUCAUCGUAGACGGAGCCUCUCGCACAGACAUCUGUCAGGGAUCUCUGGGCGACUGCUGGCUGCUGGCGGCCAUCGCCUCGCUGACCCUGAACGACAACCUCCUCCACCGAGUGGUUCCUCACGGACAGGGCUUCCAGCAGGGAUACGCCGGCAUCUUCCACUUCCAGUUCUGGCAGUUUGGCGAGUGGGUGGAGGUGGUGAUCGAUGACCGGCUGCCGGUGAAGGAUGGGAAGCUGCUGUUUGUCCACUCGGCAGAGGGGACCGAGUUCUGGAGCGCACUGCUGGAAAAGGCCUACGCCAAGUUGAACGGCUGUUAUGAGGCUCUGUCAGGGGGCAGUACGUCCGAGGGCUUUGAGGACUUCACAGGCGGCGUGACGGAGAUGUUCGAGCUGAGUAAAGCCCCCUCCGACCUCUACAGCAUCAUCAACAGGGCCAUAGAAAGAGGGUCGCUGCUGGGCUGCUCCAUAGACAUCACCAGCUCUGUGGACAAGGAGGCUGUGACGUUCAAGAAGCUGGUGAAGGGACACGCCUACUCUGUGACCGGUGUGGACGAGGUCGUUUACAGAGGAAAUAAGACCAAGUUGGUUCGCAUCAGGAACCCCUGGGGGGAAGUGGAGUGGACCGGAGCGUGGAGCGACAACUCCAGAGAAUGGGACAAUGUGGAUCGCUCCGUCAGAAGUCGGCUACAAAACCGCAGUGAGGACGGUGAAUUCUGGAUGUCGUUCAGUGACUUCCUGCAUGAGUUCACUCGUCUGGAGCUCUGCAACCUGACGGCUGAUGCCCUGCAGAACAGCCAGCCGAAGAAAUGGAGUUCGUCGCUGUAUCAGGGCGAGUGGAGGCGGGGCAGCACGGCCGGAGGCUGCAGGAACUUCCCAGCAACCUUUUGGCUCAACCCUCAGUUCAAGAUUGCUCUGCAGCAUCCCGACACUCCUGGCCAAUCAGAUUGCAGCUUCCUGGUCGGCCUCAUGCAGAAGGACCGGAGGAAGAAGAGGCGGGAGGGCAAAGACAUGGAGACCAUCGGGUUUGCCCUCUACGAGAUUCCAAAAGAGUUUAAGGGCAGCUCAGGCGUCCACUUGAAGCGAGACUUUUUCCUCACCCACGGCUCCAGCGCCCGCUCAGAGCUCUUCGUCAACCUGAGGGAGGUCAGCUCGCGGCUGAGUCUGCCGGCCGGGGAGUACAUCAUCGUCCCCUCCACCUUCGAGCCGCACACAGAGGCCGACUUUUGCCUCAGAGUUUUCUCUGAGAAGCCCGCAGACUCCGAGGAGCUUGAUGAUAAAGUAAUAGCUGAGCUUCCAACAGAGAUCGAGCUGGACGAGAGCCAAAUCGAUGCCAGCUUCAAGAAUCUCUUCAGACAGCUGGCAGGGCCGGAUAUGGAGAUCAGCCUCACCGAGCUGCAAACCAUAUUGAACAGGAUCAUCGGCAAACAUAAAGACCUGAAGACAGACGGCUUCACAAAAGAGGCUUGUCGCAGUAUGAUAAACCUAAUGGACACGGAUGGCAGUGGGAAGCUCGGCCUGACAGAGUUCCAUGUCCUCUGGGAAAAGAUUAAGCGAUACCUGACCAUCUUCAGGCAGUUCGACCUGGACAAAUCAGGAACCAUGAGCUCCUAUGAGAUGAGGAUGGCUCUUGAAUCUGCAGGUUUUAAGCUGACCAACCAACUGUUCCAGCUGAUCAUCCUGCGCUACACGGAGGCCGACAUGGCUGUGGACUUUGACAACUUUGUCACCUGUCUGGUCCGACUGGAGACCAUGUUCAAAACCUUUCAGACCAUGGACACGGAUGGAGAUGGUAUGAUGUCCCUCAACUUCACGCAGUGGAUUACCCUGACCAUGUUUGCCUAGAGACGAGAGGACUCUUCUGUAAAUGUUGCACUGCAUCCCGCAGCUCCAGGCCCAGUAUGUGUGGUUUCAGAAGUGCCUUUUCUCCACCAGUUCUUCCUCUUGCGUCGAGGCGCUCUGAUGCUAAAAGACUGUAAAUCAAUCUUUACAGUGCCUACAUUGGAAAUGUGCCAAACCUUUAUUUGCCACCUGCUUUGCCAACGGAGGGACACUCAGUUCUUGUAGCCUGGCGGUCAACAUUGCGGUCACACUGACUGCAGGCGGGAACAUUUUUAACUAUACAAACAUUUUAUUGGAGGCAGAAAUAAACAUAUUGGUUUAAUUUCAGUAGGUGGAGACAAAAUGUCCCUAAUUGUAGUUUUGAUAGAUUUUUAGUUUAGAAAUAAAACAUAAUGUAUUUUGUUAAAAGUUACACCCUUAUCUUUAACAUUUUAUAUCCCCAUUCAAAUGUCUGGUUUGGUUAUCCACAUCAGCUGUUUCAGUAAACCAAAUAAAAGAUAAUCCAAACUCAUGUAGGAAAUUAAGCCAAGGAGGUUGAAAAGUAACAAAAUAAUUGGUUUUCUGUCCACACCGCCCUGAAACUCAACCAAAAUGAUUAUUUUUGCCCUUUUUUUUACAUGUAUAUUAAAUGUGAUAUUUUUUGUCGAUUCGUGGUUUUGAUUUUAACAGUGUUUAUAUCUAAAAUGAGCAAUCAACAAUUACUUAAACAUGAUUUACACAUUAUAAGCAAGGGAUACUUUAGAGUGUCAGAAGAAGAAAUUGAAUACCUAUAAUACAGAUUUCUGAUUAAAUCAAUGUAUUGAAGUGAAAACAAUCCAGUGGCUAGUCCACAAAGAGUUAAUGUCCCUGAGGAUAAUCUGCAAAGGACUCCUCUCAGAUUUAAAUUUUUUAGAAAAACAAUUCGAGUUUUCACAAUCUUUGUGCCCGAUGUGAAGAGCUGCUAAGUGCGCUAGCUUGUUCUCCAGCCAACAUAUGAAUGUGCAGAGUAUGUAUCUCUACUCUGCCUCCGUAGCGAUGUCGCCAGCGAGGCACUUUCGUUUACAUCUUCUGCUUCACUGGGCCCUGUAGCGCGGAGUGCUGUAUCAUAGAGAAUGUGUCAAGUUAUAUUUCUUUAAAAAUAAUCCUGUUUAGCUUUAAGGCAUAAUUAUGCAUGGCACUUUUUACUGACUGUUUUGCAAAAUAUGACAACAAAAUCUUUUAUAUCAUGGUUGGAAAUGGAUGUUUUAGUGGUUUCAAAAGGGAUGUCGGCAUUGUUUAAUUUUGCCUUUAACGGGAACACGUGAAUACUUUGGGUGAAGGUAAACUAUUAUGCAAGAUGCGUGGAGAUGUUGUAUGCAUGCAGUGUGGAAUGUCAUAUAUUGUCUGCCUGCCUAGUUUCUGUUUAAUGGGAGCAAGUGUUUUAUAUGAAGGUUUGUAUUCCAAAAUAAUAUGUCACUUUUGGGGAGAAAGAGAAGUGUUUUAAGUAUGGUUAAGUGUUUUUACUAUCUUAUCAACCAGAGUUGUUUCAAAUACCAAAAUAGUUUGUUCUGCCAAAUAUUUCUGUGCUUUUGUAAGUCGAAGAAUUUGAAACAUUUAAUCAAAAAGUGACAACCAAACCCUUACAUUUGUUUAAUACUCCGACAAUGCCAGCAUUCCUGUCUUCAGUUUUUGCAGCGUAAUGCUUAUGUAACAUUACCUAACGUUUACACUGGCAACAUUCUGGGCCCUUUUGGACCCAAGCAUCAUGCAAUACAUUGGCUUACUGUGUAGCGUCUCUGUACAACUUCAAUACACACUUUGCAAAUAAAUGGGAUUUUACGAG